AUGUUCACCGUGGAUCAAAUCUUAGUAACAUUUAAAGACUCGGCCACUACCGAGCAGAUCAAUUCAUACGUCGAACAGAUCAACGCACACGAUGGAACUGUAAUCAACAGAUUUCCAGACAUGAUCACAAGAGGAUUCACUGCCUCUAUAACGGAUGAAAUCCUCCAAAAGCUCCGGUCAGACCCUCUGGUGGACCGCAUCACGCCUGGUGCCUCCAAUUAA